UUCAUCGAAGGCAGCAGCACCACCAAGCAAAAGGGCAAGAGAACAAGAGGGACACAAAGAAAGCACAUUGAGGACCUCGUGUUUCUCCCUUUCUUAUUCGAAAACCCUAGUUUUUCAUAUUCAUCUAUCGCUUUAGCUCUACCCUCUUCCUUUUAGCCGUCCUCCCUUUUCAAAUUCUAUAAGAAAACGGCCGCCAUUUCCUCGUCCCACCAUUAAUAAUAUAUAUGUCUCAAUUCCGGGGUUUCCUCUCCUAAAAGCCUGAAUUUUCCCCAUUGUCAGGGAAAAAAAUUCGGAGGUUUUGGGAUUUGGGUGGUGAAAAAUAAUUGCAACAACAACAACAGUAAGAUAUGUACAGUCAUAGGGAUCGAGGAGGAGGGUCGUCGAAAUCGGAGCUGGUAGGAGGAUCGUUGGAUCGGAAGCGCUUAAACGAUGCGCUGGACAAGCAGCUAGAUAAGUCGUCCCCGUCCACUUCGAGAGACUUCAACAGAGAAGACAAAGAAAGGUCCCCUGUUCCUUCAACUUCCAUUGGUAAAUCCCAGCUUGAUCAUCGUGAUUCACGCCCCGCAGCUCUCUCCAAAGCCAAAUGUGAUGAGGAGUCUGAAAUAGAGAGUGAAGAAUCAGAUGCUAGUGGUUCUGAUGGAGAUGACACGUCUUGGAUCUCGUGGUUUUGCAAUUUGCGAGGCAAUGAGUUUUUCUGUGAAGUUGACGAUGACUACAUCCAGGAUGAUUUUAAUCUUUGUGGUUUGAGCAGUCAAGUUCCAUAUUACGACUAUGCGCUCGAUUUAAUAUUGGAUGUUGAAUCUUCCCAUGGUGAUAUGUUCACUGAAGAGCAGAAUGAAUUGGUUGAAUCGGCAGCUGAGAUGUUGUACGGUCUUAUACAUGUCCGUUACAUAUUAACCAGCAAGGGAAUGUCUGCCAUGUUGGAGAAAUACAAAAAAUAUGACUUCGGGAGAUGCCCGAGAGUCUACUGCUCUGGACAACAUUGUCUUCCUGUUGGUCAGUCAGAUAUCCCUCGUUCAAGUACCGUGAAAAUCUUCUGUCCAAAAUGCGAAGAUAUUUACUAUCCUCGAUCCAAAUAUCAAGGCAAUAUUGAUGGAGCCUAUUUCGGGACUACAUUUCCACAUCUAUUUCUAAUGACAUAUGGACACUUGAAGCCACAAAAGUUGACUCAAAAUUACGUCCCGAGAGUUUUUGGCUUCAAGAUCCAUAAGCCCUGAUGACUCGAGAUCUCCUAAUUGUCAGACGGUGGUGAUUUCCACUUGCCCUGGUGCUUCUUUCACUGCAGUGGAUAAUGCCCUGCAUACAAAGUGAUGAAGUGCACAAAAAAGGAACAAUUGUUGGGGUGUUUUAAAAAAAAAAUGAAAUUAUGAGCUGUUAGUUGAGCUCAACAUAUGUAUUAAUUCAUGA